UUUUUUCGAAAGGACGUUGGUGGGAGAGAAAUGAGGGUCAAAUUUUCGAUUCAAAUGAAUCCGAAAAGGAGGAGUAAUUCGGCGGCAAUGACUUCACCUCCGGUGAAGAAUUUGAUAUACGAAAGCCCUCAUAAGCUCUACGUUGGCAACCUUGCGUGGACUGUCCAACCUCAAGAGUUGAGAGACCAGUUUAGCCAAUUUGGGCAUGUGACUAGUGCUAGAGUUGUACAUGAUCGGAAAGCCGGAAAAACCAGAACUUAUGGUUUUCUCUCCUUUGCUUCCGCUGCUGAACGUGACUCUGCAAAAUCCUUGAAUGGAAAGGAGUUUUGUGGUCGGAUAAUGGUAGUAAGAGAUGGUACGGAAAAGAAUGAAACUUCAUCUAAGUUAUAAGAUUAGCCACCUGCUGCUAUUGGAGUAUUGUUAUUUGUUAUGAAGCCUGAAGUAGAGCUUAAUGGGUAAAAAUACCACCAUUCUUGUCCCAAUUGGCAAUUUUGUAAUUUGAAUUUGGUUACUUAAAUGAGGAUAUAGUUUACAUUUAUCAUCUUCUUGUUUACUAGAUGAGAGUUUGUGCCGUAAAACUUCCUUCUUUUUUUCACGUGUAAAUGGUAUUG